ACUAGUCGAUAUAUCUCAUCGCAAUUAAAUAGAUGUACUUCAGUAUAUAAAUAAAAUAAAGUAAAAUAAGUAAAUCUGCUGGAAUAUGCAAUCGCGCUAGCCGAAAACAAUUGGAAAAUGUGUGUGGAACACCCAGAGCGAGUGUAGACCGUUAUCCGUGCUGGCUAUGGUGACGAGGGACCACAAAACUGAUAAAUCCGAGGCCGACGCCCACUGAACGCAGUUUCCUGUACAGGAGUUUAGUUUUGGAUAAACGCAAAUUGGACACUUUGGCUCCGCUGGAGUGCACCCCCAACGUAAGCGCAAUGUCACAAGUAAUAUCUAACACGCCCACACCCCAAAUGCUGACGACAUCAACGCCCAUAGAACCCAUGAAACCACCACCAGCGUUUCCCACGCUAGGCGGUACAAACAUGCACGAGCAGGCGUCGGACAUGAUACUGCGGGCCUCCACCAUUUUCGGGGACCUCAAGCACGACGGACAGGAUCUGGAAAACGUGCCCCAUGGAGUUGAGACUGAGGCGGAUGAGGAUUCGCCGUACGGCGGCAACGGCAGCUCCAAGAUUCGCAUCAUGCCCAGCGUAAAACUAAUGGCCGCGCCACACGCCUCCGAUCCCAAACGAAAGUUCGUCUGCCCCUACGACAACUGUACAAAGAGCUACGGCAAGAGCUCCCACCUGCGGUCCCACCUCACCUGGCACACGGGCAUCAAGCCCUUCGUCUGCAGCGAGCCCAAGUGCGGCAAGGGAUUCACCCGCUCUGACGAGCUCAACCGGCACCUGCGGACGCACACCGGCGAGAAGCCCUUCGAGUGCAUCCAGUGCACCAAGAAGUUCUCGCGCAGCGACCACCUCACCAAGCACCUGGCCACCCACGACCGCCAGCUGAAGGGCAGCACGCCGAAGAGAUCGGUUCCCGGCGGCGGAGUGCGACUCAAGCCCUCGAAGAAACACUCCCAGUCGGAGUCGGACUCGGGCUUCCACUUCAUGGCCGCGAUGGUUGGCUGCGGCGACCAGGGAAUGGAGCAUCACCAUCAGCAGCAACUCACCCAGCAGCACCAGCAGCCCGCGGACAUUGUCGACUGUCAGCACAAGCCGCUCAAGAUCAAGCUGGAGCGGCCGGAGCACAGCGACAAGUACCAGAUCGUGGCCCCGGAGCACCAGCAACAGAGUCAGGGACAGAACCAGAACCAGAGCCAGCUGCCAUCUUUCCUUAACCAGGCCAAGCCCGAGGUGAAGUAUGAGCCGGCCGACGAAAUUGUAAAUACCCUAUCUCAGUUACCGCCUGCGGACGGCCCUGGCACCUACGGCAUGCCACAGUUUGUCCAGGAUCGGCCCUUCCGGUGCCGGCAGUGCGAGAAGCGGUUCAAGCGGCAGGACGACCUCAACCGGCACAUACGAACGCACACCGGCGAGAAGCCCUACGCCUGUCCACAGUGCUGCCGCCGGUUUGUGAGGAGCGAUCACUUGAAAAAGCACCAGCAGACGCAUUUGAAGAUACGAUAGUUUCUUAGUUGUAAUACUUAAGUCGCUAGCCAUUGGCAUCCAGUUUAUAUUGGCUAAAACACGGGCGUGUGUCGGGUGACGCACACAGUACAAUAAAAUUAAAUAAAUUCGCAAUCUAACAAUA